AUGGUUUCAGGCUGUACACUCCCUUGGAAGUGUUCAAGUUCAGCUCAAUGUCCAGCUGUUCACAAUGCAAACAGAGCGUCUUUGUCUUCCGUGCCAAGAAGAGAAGCGGACAGGCAGAGCACAGAUGCAGCAAGAAAAAAAUCUGCUGACCAUUAUUGAUUACAAGUUCGACGCUGGUUACAAGAGACGCAGAGGACAGCGUUCUUCCGUUGACCCGUGCGCCCACGGCGUCGCCUGUGCACCAGAGCUGGGCGCAACACGGUCGCGUCGCGGUUUAGAGAGCCUUAUGGAGUAA